AUGCCUACCAAGGACGAAGAAAUGUUGGGUAUUCAAUCUAAGACAAGAACCUUAACCACUUAUCCUUUGUCUGAAAAUCCUGGGUCUUUAGAACCAUUCUUCAGCGGAGCUCUAAAGAGUAAUAAUGUUGACAAUGACAUGAGAUAUGAGUGGCUGCGAUUAAGAACAUUCUCCACGUUUCCGUUAUGUAUCUCUCACAGCCCCGUCCGUCUUGCUCGUUCCGGAUUUUACUAUACAAGAAAUCAUCUUGAGUGUGUAUGUUUUUUAUGUGGUAGACGUGUUAGUGAUUGGACUGGCAAUAACGUCACAGAAAUACAUAGACAAAUUUCUCCAAAUUGUCGUCAUCUAGCAGGAAUUGAUGAAACCAAUGUUCCAAUUGGAUCCAACUUCAGUAAUCAAUCUCUUCCUGAGGUUCAACCUUCAUCCUCUGUUGAGCCAUGUCACACAAGUCAAGCUCUUGCAAGAUCACCUUACCGACAGCCAACUUAUCCGUCGAACAGUCUUCAAGAAGUUCUAGGACCCCUUGGAGUAGUCGUUGAGAGACCAAGAUAUCCUAGUUAUUCCGUUUUAGCCACUAGGAUUAGCAGUUUUCAACAAUGGCCGUCACACUUUAUGUUGACUCCUCGGAAUCUCAGUAUAGCAGGUUUCUUUUAUGCCGGGUAUGGAGACUAUGUUCGAUGUUUCUUUUGCGGUGGUGGUCUGCGAAACUGGGAGCCGGGCGACGAUGCUUGGGUAGAACAUGCCCGAUGGUUUUCGAAAUGUUCUUUCUUGUUACAAAACCGCGGUCAAGACUUUGUGGAUCUAGUAUUGAAUGUUCACUCCCAAGACUCAGAAAAUCCAGGACAAGUAGUGGAAGCACAAGAAUACGAUUCACAAACUCAUAACAUCGACGAGUUUCCAGCAGCACAGCAAGUAUUCGAAAUGGGGUACACUUGGGAAACAAUAAGGGAUGCUUAUAGGAAAAUAAGGAAAAGAAAAACUGGUGUAUCUCCAUCAGAAUUAGUAGAGGAAAUUUUAAUAACCGAGACACCAAUCGCUGAGUCUCGAGGACCAAGUCAUCAGCGUUCACAUAACUAUCAGACAACCACCAUGGAUUCCAAUGCCGAGGCAGCAGAAAGCGAUAAACCACGGGAAACAAUCUCUCCUGAAGACAUGUCCCUAGCUGCUGAAGUCGGGGCACUUGAUUUAAAUGAUGAAACGCAUUCCCUUCUGGAAGAAAAUCGUCAGCUCAGGGAGCAAAGACUAUGUCGGAUUUGUUUGGAGGAAGACGUUGCCAUUGCAUUUUUGCCUUGUGGACAUUUGUGCUGCUGUGCACACUGUGCACCUGCUAUGCGCAAGUGUCCUAUCUGCAGAGCCUUUAUAAAAGAAACUAUCAGAACUUUUCCAGCAUAAACAAGUAAUGGAGACAAUAGAUAAGGUUCAGGUUUAAAUAGGUACAUAAAGGAUUGACGUUUUGUUUCCCCACUAUAUCAUUUUUUUUAACGUGCUGCGAAACUUCUAAGUAAUUCUUUCAAUCUGAGACCAAUUUCAAAAAUCUCCUGCUAAAUUGGUGUUUGCAUUUAUAUCAAUAAUACGUGUAUUAUGCAUAGAUUAAUCAGGCGGACGACUGUACUGUGUCACAUGUGUA